AUGGCAGUUUCUCAAACUGUCAGACCACAGGGUGCUCUUCCAAGUAAUACCGAAAAGAAUAUGAAAGAACAACUUCAUGCUGUUUCUUUGAGGAAUGGCAGACAAUUGGAAGAAGUUCCUCCAAGGAAAAAGAAGGUACACAUCAACAUCCCUUUGGUGGAGCUCUUGCAAGAGGUUCCAAAAUAUGCUAAGUACAUCAAAGAUGUUGUUGCAAAUAAAAGACGUCUGAUAAAGUUUGAGACUGUAACACUUACUAAGGAGUUCAAUUCCAGAGUGAAGAGCAAGAUUCUUCUAAAGCUUAAAGAUUCGAGCGGUUUCACCAUCUCCAUUACUAUUGGUAACAUUGAGGUUGGUCUAGCAUUGUGCUAUUUGGGUGCUAGUAUUAAUUUGAUGCCCAUAUCUGUGUUCCAGACAUUGGGAUUGGGUGAGCCAAGACCAACAACAGUCACUUUGCAAUUGGAGGAUAGAUCUCUAGCAUACCCCGAUGGCAUAAUUGAAGAUGUUCUCAUGAAAGUGAGCCCAUUCAUCCUGUCAGUUGACUUCAUUAUUCUUGAUUAUGAAGCUGACAAGAAUGUACCUCUUAUUAUGGGAAGGGGAUUCUUAGAGACUAUUGAUGCGGUCCUCAGAGUCAGAGAUGGGAAGAUGUCUAUGACAGUAAACGAUCAAGAAGAUACUUUUGAUGUGUUCAAAGCUACUAAGUUUCCUCCCCAUUAUGAGGAACUGUAG